ACGUCCGCAAUGGCUGCUUGUUUCGCUUCUGUUUCGGCAAUCAUGGCUCGGAUGAGAGAGUCUUGGGAAAGGCGUAUAUAUUUAACCGAUAUUGAAUACCGAAGUUGGCAGAAACGAGCUAAUCGAUUACUAUCGGAGUUCAUGCCCUCGUCUGCAUUAGAAGCAUACCUAGCGGAUAGAUACAUGGCGUCGCUGUUCAAGAACAUGACCCUCCUAUUUGCUGAUAUAUGCAACUAUACAGCUUAUGCGAAGAGCGCCCCUGCCGAGCGAGUUGUAUCACUCCUCACUACUCUGUUCUCGCGGUUUGACAAUCUAUCGGACACUUAUGCAGUGUACAAGGUUCAUACUAUUGGAGAUGCAUACGUUGCGAGUACAGAGCCUAAGGAAGGCGUCGAUAAGAUACAGUCUGCUAGGAGGAUGGUAGCAUUCGCCCAGGCAAUGGUGGAGGCCCUUCAUGCAGUUCGACUGGAAAUGUCCGCGCCAGACUUGGAAAUGCGGAUAGGCCUGCACUUCGGCAAGUUCAUUGGCGGUGUUAUUGGUGAGUUCAGUUCGGGGUUGUUGCCGGUGUGGGAUAACGAUGUCUCGGACCCACGGGCCGUGGGCGUCUGUUCCCGAUUUGUCGUCAUUACAGCUACAACGAAGAUCAACUAUGAUAUCUUUGGUGUUGACGUGACCAUCGCAAAUCAAGUCGAAACAGCCGGUAUACCUGGAAAGAUAGUCGCAUCAGACUCCCUCCGACGUGAUCCGGGUAGCGAUCUAUACAAUACUUGCACGUAG